AUGAACUUGUUACCUCCUGAUGUAGCCAUCACCAUCAUCAUGAUGCUUUGCUGCCUUUUCCGUGGACUCUCACCUUCUGGGCGGAUCCCUGGCACUGGACUAAUGGCCACCCCGGCUCAAUGUUACUACUGUUUCGAGACCCUUGCUGCCUCCUAUAGGCGCAGGGAACCCAUCAGUCUUGCGUCUGUGGAAGAGCUCUGGGAACAGCACGAACAGUAUAAAAAGCUCGCCGCGUUAGAUGAGGACGACGAUUCGCAAUUUGUAGACGAGGACGAGAACACCGCGCCGCUUUCUGGAAAGAGCAGUCGCUCUCAGAAGAUCAAAGUGCCCCGAGUCAGCCGACUUCAGUCUGGCUCGAGCUCUUCUACAACACAAUCCCUUGCGUCUACCAACUCAUCGCAAUCUGUCUUGUCAAGCUCAACCACAGUCACGACACCCAGCUCCUCCUCGGACACGGCCGGUGGCAAGCCGAGAGAAGACAAAUAUCCUCUCUUUGUAACAUGGAAUACCGUUUCGAAACACGGUCACAAGUCACUCCGGGGUUGCAUUGGCACAUUUGAGGCGCAGGAGCUUGCCGAGGGCCUGAAAUCUUACGCUCUCACGUCCGCAUUUGAUGAUACUCGGUUUUCCCCGAUCCCGGAGUCUCUUCUGCCCUCUCUCUCUUGCUCAUUGACACUUCUCGGGUCUUUCGAGCCAUGCACCAACGCUCUGGACUGGAUCCUUGGGGUGCAUGGCCUUCGCAUCUCCUUCAUUCAUCGCGGCAGACGCUAUGGCGCAACCUACCUCCCUGAUGUCGCGGUCGAGCAAGGAUGGACUAAAGAAGAGACCGUCAACAGCCUGAUGCACAAAGCAGGCUGGGAUGGGCCUUCCGAGAGCGUCUCCGAUUUCCGAGCCGUCAAGUAUCAGGGCCUCAAGGCCAGCAGCAGCUAUGCGGAAUGGCAAGAAUGGCGGCAGUGGGUCCUCUCGCUGGACGAUGGGAGCCAGCAGCUCUUGAGCUGA